AACAUUAGCACAAACAAAUAAUGAAUAUAUUACCACAUAAAAGCUGGCAUGUCAGAACUAAAAAGAAUAUUGCAAAAGUUCGAAAGGAUGAACGGGAAGCUGCAGAAAAAGAGAAAGAACGAUUGCGUCGUGUUGCAUUAGCUGAUCAAGAAGCUAAAAUCAAUCUUUUAAAAGAAAGAGCCAAAAAAAGAAAAGGAAGUGAGAGUGACAAUUUAGAGGACCAAACUGAGAUCAACACAGAAACUAGCACUAAAGUGUCAUCGGAACAUGUAAAUUUCUUCAACGAUUUAGAAACAGGCAAAUAUGUUCCACCGAAAAACAACAAAGACCAUGAAAAAGAAAAGAAAGAAGAACAGGAAAAGUAUGAAAAACAAAUUGGAUAUUUAACUUACUUAGGACAAGACACCAAUGAAGCUACUGGUAGACGAGAUUGGUAUGAUGUUGCUCCGAAUCGUAAAGACAUUACAGAUGAAACUGGACGAAAAGUUGAAGUUAAUCUUAAAACAAAACUCCUUCACGAUCCAAUGAGGAUGAUUGAGAAAUAUGUAGGCAAGUCAAUAAAAAAUCUUCCGUCAUGUUCAAAAGAGGAAAGCAAGGAAGAAAUUAAAACAAUUCCAAAGUACGAACCAAUAAUCAAUGAAAGUUUCAAGAAGUAUAAAAAGAAAAGAAGCCAUUCGCAGUCACAUUCUGAAAAAAUAUCGGAACAUUUUAAGAAAUCUCAAAAGAAGAAACAUAAGAAAGAUAAGAAACAGAAAAAGAAGUCAAAGCAUGAAUUAAAAUCAGUACUUUCAACAAAUGAUUCUUCCUCAGAUGAAGAAACAAGAAAAUUAAAGAAAUUGAAGCUUGAAAAACUUCGAGCAGAACGACUUCAACGAGAGAAGAUUGAACGAGCGAAGGCAGACAAACUUCUUGCGAAACUACGUGGAGAACCAGAUCCAGAAAUGAAAGUUAAAACAUCCAAAGAAUUACAAGAACACAUAAGGCCAGUGAAACAGAAAUAUAAUUCACAAUUUAAUCCUGAAAUCGCGAGACAAAAUUAUGAUUGAAAAAAUGAAGAAAUAAACUAAGAAAUAAUUUUAUUAUUAC